GCGCAGUGGCCGGGCAGGUGGGGCCGCCGCGGGCCGCCGGGUCCGGCCGAGAGCGGAGGGGCGGGGGCAGAGGGGGAAGUGGGCGGGAACCGCCGGCCGAGUCUCGAGAGUCGCGGGCGGCCGCGGGGCGCUGGGCAGGUGGGAGCCCGCGCGGGCCGGGCCGGGAUGAGCAAUGGCAUCGGUCAAGGUGGCUGUGAGGGUCCGGCCCAUGAAUCGCAGGGAAAAGGACUUGGAAGCCAAAUUCAUUAUUCAAAUGGAGAAAAGCAAAACAACAAUCACAAACUUAAAGAUACCGGAAGGAGGGACCGGGGACUCAGGAAGAGAACGGACCAAGACCUUCACCUAUGACUUCUCUUUUUAUUCUGCUGAUACUAAAAGUCCAGAUUAUGUUUCACAAGAAAUGGUUUUCAAAACCCUCGGUACAGAUGUUGUGAAGUCUGCGUUUGAAGGUUAUAACGCCUGUGUCUUUGCGUACGGACAGACUGGAUCAGGGAAGUCGUACACCAUGAUGGGAGAUUCUGGCGAUUCUGGCUUAAUACCCCGGAUCUGCGAAGGGCUCUUCAGUCGGAUAAAUGAGACCACCAGAUGGGAUGAAGCGUCUUUCCGAACCGAAGUCAGCUACUUAGAAAUUUAUAAUGAACGUGUGAGAGAUCUACUUCGCCGGAAGUCAUCCAAAACCUUCAAUUUACGAGUCCGGGAGCAUCCAAAAGAGGGACCUUAUGUUGAGGAUUUGUCCAAACACUUGGUGCAGAAUUACGGUGACGUCGAAGAGCUCAUGGACGCAGGCAACAUCAACCGGACCACUGCCGCCACCGGGAUGAACGACGUCAGCAGCCGGUCUCAUGCCAUCUUCACCAUCAAGUUCACACAGGCAAAGUUUGACUCUGAAAUGCCGUGCGAGACCGUCAGCAAGAUCCACUUAGUGGACCUCGCGGGAAGCGAGCGCGCGGAUGCCACGGGGGCCACCGGGGUCCGCCUCAAGGAGGGCGGGAACAUCAACAAGUCCCUCGUGACCCUGGGGAACGUCAUCUCUGCCUUAGCUGAUUUAUCUCAGGAUGCAUCUAACCCUUUUGUAAAGAAGAAACAAGUUUUUGUGCCUUACAGGGAUUCUGUUUUGACUUGGUUGUUAAAAGACAGCCUUGGAGGAAACUCUAAAACCAUCAUGAUUGCGACCAUUUCACCCGCUGAUGUCCAUUACGGGGAGACCCUCAGCACCCUCCGCUAUGCAAACAGAGCCAAAAACAUCAUCAACAAGCCCACCGUCAACGAGGACCCCAACGUCAGGCUCAUCCGGGAGCUGCGAGCGGAAAUCGCCAGGCUGAAGACGCUGCUUGCUCAGGGCAGUCAGAUUGCCCUCUUAGACUCUCCCACGGCCUUAAGUAUGGAGGAGAAACUUCAGCAGAAUGAAGCAAGAGUUCAAGAAUUGACCAAAGAAUGGACAAACAAGUGGAAUGAAACCCAAAACAUUUUGAAAGAACAGACUCUGGCCCUGAGGAAGGAAGGGAUUGGCGUUGUUCUGGAUUCUGAGCUGCCGCAUUUGAUUGGCAUUGAUGACGACCUUCUGAGCACUGGGAUCAUCUUGUACCACUUGAAGGAAGGUCAGACAUAUGUCGGUAGAGAAGAUGCUUCAACAGAACAAGAUAUUGUUCUUCAUGGCCUCGACUUGGAGAGUGAGCACUGUAUCUUUGAAAAUGUCGGGGGAACGGUGACCCUGAUCCCCUUGAGUGGGUCCCAGUGCUCUGUGAAUGGUGUUCAGAUCAUGGAGGCCACACACCUAAAUCAAGGUGCUGUCAUACUCCUGGGGAGGACCAACAUGUUUCGCUUUAACCACCCAAAGGAGGCCGCCAAGCUCAGGGAGAAGAGGAAGAGUGGCCUCCUGUCCUCCCUCAGCCUGUCCAUGACCGACCUCUCCAAGUCCUGUGAGAACCUCUCCGCCAUCAUGUUGUACAACCCAGGUCUUUUUCCUGUAAAAGGACCCAUCUGUCUGAGGCUUGAAUUUGAGCGGCAACAGCGUGAAGAACUUGAGAAGUUAGAAAGUAAAAGGAAACUCAUAGAAGAGAUGGAGGAGAAGCAGAAGUCGGAUAAGGCUGCGCUAGAGCGGAUGCAGCAGGAGGUGGAGACGCAGCGCAAGGAGACGGAGCUGGUCCAGCUGCAGAUUCGCCAGCAGGAGGAAAGCCUCAAGCGCCGCAGCUUCCACCUGGAGAGCAAGCUCAAGGAUCUGCUGGCCGAGAAGGAGAAGUUCGAGGAGGAGAGGCUGAGGGAGCAUCAGGAGACCGAGCUGCAGAAGAAGAAGCAGGAAGAGGAGAGCUUGCUCCGCGUCCAGGAGGAACUCCAGCUGCCCCAGGAGCUGGACAGCCACGAGCGGGCCGAGACGGCCCAGAUGUUUCAGGAGCUGGACCGGCUCAAGAGGGAAAAAGACGACCAGCACGCCAGGCUGGAGCUGGAGAAGAGGAGGCUGGAGGAGCAGGAGAAGGGGCAGGUCCUGCUGGUGGCGCACCUGGAGGAGCAGCUCCGCGAGAAGCAGGAGGGGCUGCGGCUGCUGCGGCGCGGCGAGGUGCAGCGCGUGGAGGCGGAGCGGGGCGACCUGGCCCGCAUCCGCGAGUCCCUCCUGCGCGUGCGGGAGGCCCCGGCCAAGGGGGACGCCGACGGCGACGACCGGGAGAGGGCGCAGCUGCAGUUCUUCGAGUUCAAGCGGAGGCAGCUGGUCAAGCUGGCCAACCUGGAGCAGGACCUGGUUCAGCAGAAGGACCUCCUGCGAAAGGAGGUCGAGGAGGAACGGGAAAUCCUGGAGCACUUAAAAUCUGGAAACGAAGGAGAAUUUAGGUCAUGGGAGAAAAGUGACGGGGGUGUCACAGACGUCGCCCAGGCGGCUCAAGGUUUAGAGAACAUAAAGGCGGCCGAGUGCAGGCUGCAGCACAAGGAACGCCAGCUCCAGUGCCUCCUGCAGAGUCAUUUGCCGACGCUGAUAGAGGAAAAGCAGAGAGCCUUGGAGAUCCUUGACGCGGGUCCUCUGGGCCUAGACAACACUCUCUAUCAAGUGGAGAAAGAGAUGGAAGAAAAAGAGGAGCAGCUGGCACAGUACCAGGCCAGCGCCAGCCAGCUGCAGAAGCUCCAGGCCACCUUCGAGUUCACGGCCAACAUAGCCCGGCAGGAGGAGAAGGUAAGGAGGAAGGAGAAGGAGAUCCUGGAGUCCCGGGAGAAGCAGCAGAGAGAGGUCCUGGAGCAGGCCGUGGCCAGGCUGGAGAGGAGGCACUCAGCUCUGCAGAGGCGCGCUGCCCGGGGCCUGGGGACGGACGAGCAGAGGCUGAAGCCGGCCACCCUGCCCGGCAGUGAUGGUGACGAGCAGUCAGGGCUCCAGGCCAGCCCGGGGGCCAAGCAGGAAGCCCUGGAGAAGGACCGGGAGAGGUUAGAGCAGGAAAUCCAGCAGCUGAAGCAGAAGGUCUGCGAGGCUGACGGUGGUCAGAAAGGGCAUCCUGGGACCUCGGAGGGAAAGCCUGCUUCCUCCAGCCUCCCGUCCAGUGCUGCCAGGUCUCACCUGGUCCCUCUGAUGGAUGCCAGGAUCAGUGCUUACAUUGAGGAAGAAGUCCAGAGACGUCUCCAGGACCUGCAUCGCCUGACUGGUGGCAGCAGCAGUCCCCCUGCGGAUACGGGGAAGGAUAAUGAGAAACUUCACAAUGGCACCAUUCAACGUAAGCUAAAAUAUGAGAAAAGCUCUCUUGCCCCGUUACUGCCCGAAGAUGUCUUGGAUGCUCCUGGCCGAGAGGAGAGGAGGGAGGUGGACCAGAACCACCGCCAGAGCCGUCCCGCAACCCAGAGCAUCUCUGGCCCCACCGCCCCUUCCUGGGCGCCAGGUGGGGGAACCCACCUGCGGGGGUCUCAGCCUGCAGCACACGGGCCGUUGCACAACAGUGAUUGCGAAUACAGUCAUCCUGAGUGUGAUUUUCAACCACAACAUUCUGAACUACCUAAACUCUCUUUUCUUAAUGAAAGCAGCACCAGCGUCGCAGAACAUUCUCAGGGUAAGUCCGAAAACGUCUGUGAGCCGACGACUCACAGAGGUGAGCACAGCCCAGGGAUCACGUCCAGCUGGACUUUGCUGCAGCGCACGUUCCGGGAAGUGUCCGUAGGGAGCGAGGGCCAGCAGACCUGGCAGCAUCAGCUCCUCUGCCUCGUCGUCUCUGAAGGCGCUUCUGGCGACAGCAUUCCUCCAAGGGCAGCAGCUGCGAAGCUCUGUCGGGAGCAGGAAGGCGAGGAAGAGUCAGCAGCUGCAGCAGUCCGCUCUCCAGGGUCACCGAGGACCCUCAGGACAGAGGGAAACAGUGGGCUGGGGUAUUUUUACCACCGGUUCUCAGACCUUUAUAAAGACACCAGCAGUCACCUGUGGCAGGCGGGCACGAGGGUGAUCAGCCACGCCAGGCAAGUGGGGAGCCUGUGUGACCCCAGCAGCCUCACCACCCACGUAGCAGCAUUUGUUGGCAGGCUGCCGAUCCUGAAACUCUUACCCCUGGACACGCUCCUGGAGUCACGUGGGGCAUCAUCUGAAGCUCAUUCUUCUCCCGAAGAAGCUCAGGUUGGCGGCAGCAGUGGAGAGGCAGGGGCUGUUGGGCCGGCAGGGAGCACAGUGCCUUACAGAGCACCAGCCCUGCCUCCUGCCCCCGCAGCUGCCGCGUUGCCAGACUCCUCGCCAGGCUCCGUUUGCUGCCUCGAACCUGGAGAUGCCGGAAGGGGCUCCGUGUUUAAGCAGACCCUCGUGCGAUUCCCAGACCAGAUGCUGAAACUUCAAGAGUGCCCUUUAAAAGACUUCUUGGAGCUCGUGGCUGCCUCCCUGCCAGAACUUGUAGGCGACAUUCAUGAGGUCCAAGGCGUGUACUGGCUUGCGGUGGCAAACUGCGCGGAGCCCGCCCCUCGGCCGGCGUGUCUGCUCUUGGUCCACUCAGCUCUGUACGCGCUGGCUCCGUCCGGGCAUCACCCGGGCUCUGUGGGCAUUUUUCAUGCUCUGCCGCUCUCUGGGCUGCAGGAGAUUCACGUCGGCUUUGGUGGGCAGAGCAUUCGGCUCCUGGGCUCUGCAGAGAGUCUCCUGCUCACCGUCUUUAGUUACAACAAAAACCUCUGUCAACAGAUAUGCCGAGACCUCCUGAGGGUCCUGACGUCCGAGGCUGAGGCCACUGCCUGCACUCUCCAUCCUUUGUUCCAACAAGAUCUGGUCCAGCUCUCUCUCGACUGGAGGGCAGACGUCCCUGAUUUAGUCUUGGCCAGCGGCGUUCGGUGGUCAUCCAAAUUCCAGAAUACUUCGGUGGACCUGAUUUACUUUCUUCACAGAAAUCUGGAAGGCAGCGUCCCCUCCCUGGCAGAGGUUCAGCUGUUGCUCUACACGACGGUCAGAGUCGAGGGUGACGCCGGCCAAGGCCACUGCCAGUCGCUAGUCCUUCUGAACACCCACGUUGCCCUGGUGAGGGAGGACCGCGUGUUCUACCCCCACACCCGCGCACUCAGUACGCCGCCUCCAGGGCCGCGAUUUGAUGUGACCCGGUGCCGGGCUCUAAGUGAGUUCAGGUGUGUUGUCGUUCCGGAGACCAAAACACCACCAACGGUGGAACUUGUCUUCUUGCAAAAACUCCAACUAGCGGCAGGUUCAAGAAGCAGUCCCGCAGAGCCCUCUCGAGGAGCCCAGAACGUCCAGUUGUGCUCCAGCACCUUGUGUCCGGAGGGUGGUCAGAGUGUGGCCCCUGAGGUCUGGAAACUGACCCUCAACUCUCACGAUGAGGCUCUGUGGCUGAUCUCACACUUGACAAGGCUCUAGGGCGCAGGCGUGUAAGAAUGGUCUGCAUGUCUUUCGAAAUUGUUCAUAAAAGUAAACAUGAUGAAAACAGUCCAGGACAAGGGGUAGCUUCUCCGUGUAGCUAGCUGACUUGAAACUGGAAAAAUGCAGACCUGUAUAAACUGAAAAUGUAAAUAUUUAAAGUAGCAACAGUAAAAUAAAAGAGGAGAUCGCAGAGUGCGGGUGCAGCUCCUCUCUCGCCGCCCGCUUCACUCCUGGACCCCAGCCUUGUGCGCUGGGCCCACCGCGCUGUCGGCUGAGGGGAGCAGCUCCGACUCUGUCAGCUUCAUGUUGACGUGUGGCCUUCGGCCUCAGAGUCCGUCUGCUUCUGCUGGCCCUGGCUGGCGGAUCUGGGCUGCCCGAGAAGGGGCCGGGUCUGGCAGGGGCCUUCGCGACACCCCCCGCACGGGCCAUGGUCGGGACGGCUCUGUAGCAGAGCAGCAGUGACACGUCCGGUUUCCCCAGAUGCCCUGGGGCUUGCAAACGCCCUCCCCCCACGACAUGUGGGACCCUGCGGGGUCGUCGCCCUCAGGUCAUCACUUUUCCUUCCUCCUUUCCGUCUUCUGGACUGUUCCUUUCCAUCGUGUGUGAUUUCGGCUCUUUCCUUGUUGGCUUAGCUUUGACGCCCCUUCCCCUGGGCCACCUGCCCCCACGUGCCCGGCCCCUCUCAGUGUUGGUGUGCACUGGCCUCCUGCUCGGUCGCCAUUGCUGUCUUAGCAGACAGAGGCCACCUCGGAGCCUCGGUGCUUCCCUGGCCACCCUCCCACCUGCCCCUCAGCUCACCCCCUCUCCCAGCCUCUGACCAAGGUGUCCUGCUGGCCUCACCUCGAGACGCGUCCCCACCCAGGGCGGCCUCAGGCCCGUCUCCCCUUGGCAGGCACCUCUCAGGUGUCGCCCUCCUGCCCUGCGGGAGGCCUCAGACUGGGCUCUCGGCAUCUCCCUCCUCUGGCUGACCCUCUCCCUUUUACAGACCACCUCUGUUCACGUUCCUCUGAGGCAUCAGCUUACACGUCUUUGAGUGUUAGUUCAUCCGACCUGGGCUGCCCUGCCCAUGCUCUCCUGUUCCUUGGGCUUCCACAGUCUCAGGAGGAGGGAUGCCCACCUCGCCCCUGCCCCCCCCCCCACGCUCCUUCCCUGCAGCCGCGUCCCGCUGAGCCCGCGGUCACCACUGGUGGAGUGCCAUCCGCAGUGGAGCCGCUCGGCCGUUUUAGCCUGGCCUGGAGGGAUCACUCUCUGCUCUGACCAGAUCUCUGGGUAAUGUGCACCGUACGUGUUGUAGCCCCCAUCCCUCCUCCAUGACAGGGCCGAUGUCAGGGCUAAUCCUUCCAGAAACUGACCGGCUCCCACUGGCCAGAGUGCACAUGUCUCCUCUUCCCCAGCAGAGGUGACCGAGAGGUGCUUUACUUGGUCUAUGUUUUCUGCAUUUGUCUUCCUCUCCCAGGUCCUGGGGAAGCAAGCAGGGAGAGGCAGGACCCUACAGAGUAUGGCAGGGUCCACUUACGCUGGCUGGUGGUGACCAAGUGAGGCUGUUUGUCUUUUGGAGGAAAUAGAAUUCAGAUGUUUUACCUCUUCCACAGUGCACACACCUACACACCCACCCACCAACCCACCCACACACACACACACACACACACACCCACACACACCCUAUUGCCUUAUAUGUGAAGGCUUUUGAGUCUGUGAUAAGGACAUCACUAAAAUGAGUUACCCUUUCCCAGUCUUGGCUGGUAGGUGUUCUACCAUGGAAGAAAUUUCCAAAAUAAACCAUGAUAGUCUUGUAAUAUCAGUAACAUGUUCCCUAGUUUAAAUGGUCUCAUUGUGUAUUUUCUCACCUGUUCUUGAUAAGAAGAACAGAGUGAGUGGUCAUGAAGGGCAGAGAGAGUGGAGUCGGAGAUGCCGGCAGAGGGAUGCUGUGGUUGGAGAGGAAACAACACAUCAGCAGCGCACAGCUUUAGCAGAGUGGUAUGUAUGUAUUAGACAGACAGGCUGGUCCUCAUAGGUGAGAACGGUAAUUCUGCUAUGUUAUAAAUCACAGUGUUUAAUGUUGUCCAUUGAUGGGACAUGUAGCAGGGACGAGCUUGCAUGCAGAUCCCAUUACCAGCGGUACCUCCUUCAGUCUGCUUAAUGGUCCAAGUCGGCCAGGGCGAGGGGCACGUUUGGUUCUCCCUACAUGGUAGACGCAGCCUCCAGAAAUUCGGGUUUUACAUGUCACUCCUCCCACCUUGAGAGCAAAUACAGUUCCCGGUAUGAGACUGAUUUCCCAUCCGUGAAGUGAGGGUUAGGGUUGCCGUGAUGCCUGGAGAAGCUGGGGGAGUAGCGUUUGUGCUGUUAUCCUCAUGACUUCCAUCCUAGGGCCCCGCUCUGGCUCACUGGCUCAUCUCUGGGAGGUCUGAGCCGGGAGCCUGCCCUAGUGGAUCAGGCACGGGAGCCUCGCCAUCCAGCCUGAGGACCAUCUCCUCCGUUGUAAUGAGUUCCUGCAUCAGAAAACAAAAAACAGGUUCAUGCAUACUUUAUUAAAGUGGCAGUUAGCAUUGUUGUGAUAUUGGCAUAAACAUUUACGUCGUGGGGCUUAUUAGUGCCGUCCAGACAAUACCUCUUUGAGUACUUUUGAAACAGUGAUUUCAUCUGAUUUGAUUAAAAUCCAUUUUGCACACAGCUGCCUGUUUAGCAGACUUGCGGUUGGCAGGGUGAAUUUAUUUAGUCUUUGUUGAAAAACAUUUCAAAACAGUUUGUCUCCCCGUUCUCAUUACGUAAGAAAAAAAUGUGUGCACAUCCUUUGGAGAGAAUACUUAUGCCUUCCGGCAGUAGUAAUUAUAGUAAUUUUUAUUUACAUUCUUUUUCCUAGAUGAUUUAAAGUUUUGAAUGAUAAGUAGAUCAGAGCAGUUUUAUUAGUGCUUCUCUGAUGGUCAAGCAGAUGGUUGGAUAGACCAGUUUCUAACGGGGUCCUUUGUUAAUAUAGUAACACAGUUAGACAGCACUGCUUCAUUUUUUAACGUGUCUUUUGUGAUAGAUGUGUUGUAUCAGUCAGCUAUUGCCAGCUAUCAAACAACCCUCAAAAUUUUAGUGACGUACAAAAGAAAAAGCUUUCCUUUCUCACUAAUGGUUUGUAAGUCAAUUGAGGCAGCUCUGGCGUGGGCUGGGGUCAUCUCCAGCUCAGCGAGGGUUGGUCUGCACCACAUGUCUCAUUCUGGGGCCUGUGCAGAAGGGGCAGUGGUCAUGAUGUUGCUGACAGAAGCACAAAAAGGCAACCUUGCGUCAUGUCUGCUAACAUCCCAUUGGCCAGCACAAGUCACACCUCCAAGUCCAAAGUCAAGGGGCAAGGAAGUGUGCACUCCAUUCACCGAGAAGCCAUAGCGAGGGUAUCUGCUGCUCUUCCCCCUCUUCCUGCUGCUGGGAGAGAGAACUGGGACCACGGCUGAGCUGCGUCAGGGUCCCCAGAGUCCAAUGACGAUAACAUUCAGGUAAAACUUGUAGGACCUCUCUUUAAUGGAGGUAUCUAGGCACUAGUGACUAGCUGAACUUAUUUUCCAUCUUUGCUUGACACCUCCAUGGGCUGACCGUUGUCUGUCUCUGAAGCAGCUUAUUUCCUGGGACCUGCUCUCACUGUUAGACCGUUCUUCCCAUAACCUUCCUGAUCAUGGUCUCCAUCUGCUGUCUGUCUGUCCCUGUCACAGAACAGAACAAGUCUGUUCCACAGUGCUGGUAUGUCACAACCCUUUCAAGAAGACAGUUCUCUCUCUCUCUCUCUCUCUCUCACCUUCUGCUUUUUUCUUGACCUCCAAGGCUUUUCAGUCCCUCUGCUGGUUCUUACACAACCCAGUUUCCAAACCUCCACCGUCCAAUCUCUUGUUAAAGAUGCACCCUUGUAAUUUUUAAAAACCUCCUUGAUAAGGAAUGGAACUGAAUAACACAGUUGGUGUAAAGGAGAGAGAGUCUGUUAUAAGUCACUACUCAUGUUUUUUAUUCUACCGUCUUGUUAAAGUCUUCUGUUGCUGAAGACGCAGUGGAUUACGGUGGUAACACCCUAGUCACCCUUUAUAUUGUGGCUUACGUUGCCCAGUUCUUUCCCGCGUGUUGUUCCUUUGGAGCCCCACAGCGGUUCUCCUGGGCUGGGAGAUUGUCAUCCUGCUCCAGUUCAUGUCUGAAAGGAUGGCUCGAUUGAGAAUUGGAACGCAAGCCCAGACCUUACCCGAGAACACGCGUUCUUUGCACAGUGUUGCCUCCCAGUCACGGUUAUUCUCAACAUUGCCUGUAUACGUUUUUUUUUUUUCCCAUAGGAAUGAAUAAUUGGAAGAAUUGUUGAUUUUUUUCUGACUUGUAAGCUUUUUUCUUGGAAUUUCUAGACAUUAAAGAUUAUUUUUCUUUUUA